CCUCAUGGGAAGGAGAAGCAUAAUAUAGAAGAAGUGAGGACACAGCACAGUGAACCUCUGCCAAUAUGGGGAACUGGAUUGAGAAUGAGGGGCUCUCCAUCUUUGUCGUUCUGGUAUGGCUGGGGCUGAAUGUCUUCCUCUUCGUGUGGUACUACUGGUUUUAUGCCUUUGGAAAGAAGUUCUAUUACACUACAAAACUUCUCGGAGCAGCACUGCCCUUGGCCAGGGCCCCUGCAGCCUGCCUGAAUUUUAACUGCAUGCUGAUCCUGCUGCCGGUCUGUCGAAAUCUGCUGUCUUUCCUCAGGGGUUCCAGUGCGUGCUGCUCAACAAGAAUUCGAAGACAACUAGACAGAAAUCUCACCUUUCAUAAAAUGGUAGCAUGGAUGAUUGCACUGCAUACUGCAAUUCACACAAUUGCACAUCUAUUUAAUGUGGAGUGGUGUGUGAACGCCCGAGUCAACAAUUCUGAUCCUUAUUCAAUCGCACUCUCUGAAAUUGGAGACAAAAAGGGUGAAACAUACCUCAAUUUUGUUCGAGACAGAAUCAAGAACCCUGAGGGAGGCCUGUUAGUGGCUGUGACUCGGUUAGCCGGCAUCACUGGAAUCAUCAUUACACUGUGCCUCAUACUAAUAAUCACAUCCUCCACCAAAACCAUCCGGAGGUCUUACUUUGAAGUGUUUUGGUACACACACCAUCUCUUUGUCAUCUUCUUCAUUGGUCUUGCCAUUCAUGGUGCUGAACGAAUCGUACGUGGGCAAACCAAUUAUAGCUUGAAGAUUCACGAUCCAGAGUUUUGUGAGCAACAUAUCCGAGAUUGGGGAAAGAUGGAGAACUGCACAAUCCCAGAGUUUGCCGGGAACCCUCCUAUGACAUGGAAAUGGAUAGUGGGUCCUAUGUUCCUGUAUCUGUGUGAGAGGUUGGUCCGGUUUUGGCGAUCUCAGCAGAAGGUGGUCAUCACCAAGGUGGUCACUCACCCUUUCAAAACCAUUGAACUACAAAUGAAGAAGAAGGGUUUCAAGAUGGAGGUGGGACAAUAUAUUUUUGUCAAGUGCCCCGCUGUGUCCAAGCUGGAGUGGCACCCUUUCACACUGACCUCUGCCCCUGAGGAAGACUUCUUCAGCAUCCAUAUCCGUAUUGUUGGGGACUGGACUGAGGGGCUGUUCAAGGCUUGUGGUUGUGAUAAGCAGGAGUUUCAAGAUGCAUGGAAACUACCUAAGAUAGCAGUUGACGGGCCCUUUGGCACAGCAAGUGAAGAUGUGUUCAGCUAUGAGGUGGUAAUGUUAGUGGGAGCGGGAAUUGGAGUGACACCGUUUGCAUCCAUCCUCAAGUCUGUCUGGUACAAAUAUUGCAAUAACGCCACAAAUCUGAGGCUAAAAAAGAUCUACUUCUACUGGCUGUGCCGUGACACGCAUGCCUUUGAGUGGUUUGCAGACUUGCUGCAGCUGCUGGAGACCCAGAUGCAGGAAAGGAAUAAUGCUGACUUUCUCAGCUACAACAUCUACCUCACCGGCUGGGAUGAGUCUCAGGCCAAUCACUUUGCUGUGCACCAUGAUGAGGAGAAAGAUGUGAUUACAGGCCUGAAGCAAAAGACACUCUAUGGACGGCCCAACUGGGAUAAUGAGUUCAAGACAAUCGCAAGCCAACAUCCUAAUACCAGAAUAGGAGUUUUCCUCUGUGGACCUGAAGCCUUGGCUGAAACCCUCAGCAAGCAGAGCAUCUCUAACUCUGAAUCUGGCCCUCGGGGAGUGCAUUUCAUUUUCAACAAGGAAAACUUCUAGUUCAUCCUGGCCAAGAGGAUAAACAUGAGUUAUGCUGCACGGUGCCCAAAGAAGACUAAUUAAUGAUAUUUUCUUCUGUCUUUAAAAAAAAAUAGAAGGAAAAUGUAAUAUUACAAAUUCUCUUGAAAGGAGUGUCAAAGAUUGUUUGCUAGCAAUGCUACAUUUAUAUAGAGCUUUAUGGUUUUCAGAAGACUUUUGAAAACAUUAAUUCAUUAUUUCAGUAAUGCCAGACAAAGAUCGGGCCAGGAUUCCAGGACUCACUGUAGGAUUUAACAAAAUGGGAACUCAAAUAGUUUCAGUACUUUCCUGACAGCAUAUCUAGGCCAUCUGGCUUGAAGUCUGGUAGUCUUUCCACAAAAUCAGACUGUCUCAAAAUUGAUUUUUAUAUCCAAAAAGCAGCAGCAAACCAAGAAAUAAUGGCCAUUUUGUUAGUUUGCAUCAUCUUUCUUAUCAUCAUUGUCAUAAUGAAGGAAAUGUUUCCGAUAAGAGAUACAGGAAUAGCUGAACAUGUUUUAACAUUUGUUAGUGACAGUGGUGACAUCUGAGAGCACUCUAGUAGACCAAUUUCCCAGUCUAAAUGGGUCAGAGAUGCUUCCAUGAUAAAAAUAGUAGAAUUGACAGAAGCCACUGUCAUUGUCAGCAUUUGGCAUGUUUCUUAGCAGACAAUGGACUCUCAAGGAAAAGUUGCUGCAAGAAUGCUUCUAGGUUCAUGCAAUGCCAGGGUAAAAUUACUUAAAAUUUUUCAUCAGAAUUAUCUAUGGAAAUCAUUCUGGUUAUUCUUAUAAAUCAAAUGAAUGUAAUUCCACAAGGGUAGAGAAUAGGCUAAAAGUAUUAUCCAAUAGGAUAGUCUGAAGAGUCUCCCACAUUUUUAUUUGAAGCAUGGAGGAAAGGAGAAUGAAGGCAGAUGAUUCAUCUCCUGCCAUAAUUCUGCUGGCCCCUCUAAUCCUGUUCCCCGUGCUAUGAAAGAAAUGUAGAGUGGUUUACCAACUGAAAGAGUGCCCUCCAGCCAGGCAUUGUGAAUUCUGAAGUUAAGAAACAGGCAAUUAUGCAUUUCACAUGCACGUUUGCUUUAAAUAGCAUCUAUCUCCUAUCCCUCCCCCCCCAUUUUUUUUCACUUUAAAGGUACAAAUGGAUGUUUAUGUGUGUGGCUAAUCAUUUAUUUUUAUUAUAUCAUCAUCUGCUUCUUCCUGAAAAUUUACAUCCUAGAAACUAAAAUUCACAGCUUACUGCUCUGGAUAAUAAAAGGGAAAGAGCCUAAAUCACUGUUAGUGUGGUCAGAAGCAGUUGUUUUUCUUAAAACUGUUCUCAUUUCUGGGAACUAAAAACAGCUUUAUUUGCUCCACCUCCUGAAACCGCAGAUCUUUAAAAUAAUCAUUCGACUUUGGUAAUGAGGAACAAAGAUAAAGGAGCAGAGGGAAGGGAACAGAGCAGAGUGAAUGAAAGAAAGAGCAAAUGACAAAAGGAAAGAGAAGGGACGGCAGUCUCCCAUGAGUCACCACCCCAGAAUUCUUAAGCUUUUGAACUAACUUAGUGAUUGAAAGAGACAUGAAGGCUCAUCUUUACAUUACACAUAACAUUGAGUCUUUUACAGUUGGUUUUUACAUUUUGGUCACAAAUUUUGAUGCUGACCGGGGACAUUCAAGAAACUGAUACAAAGUAAAUAAAAACUUAACUGGUCCUCGAAGCACUCUGUAGUACUCCGUACUUCCUUUGUUCUCCUAGAAUCCUUGGAAAUAAAGGGUCAGUUCUGGCAAACAGGGCCUGAGAUGUGAAUGCUGCUUAUCCACAAUGUACCAGGAAAAUCUCUAGGGAAUUUUAGACCCAGCCUGUUCACAUUGCACGCUAGGUAUCAGGUUAGUCAUUCCACAGUGUGCAUAGUUUCAAUUCUCCCCAUCAAAAUGUGAGCAAGAGGAGAAACCACAGGUCUAAGGAGUCUGGGAACAUUAGUCCUUGCUGACCUAUAUGGUAUAACAAAAACCAGUUCCAUUUGUUGCUGUCAGAAGUUUUCUACAGGGUUUUCUAUCUUUGAUACCAACCCAUCAGCAAAGACCUACCUUGUGUUAUUUGGUUUAUUAAGGAACAAGUGUGAAGGUAUAAUAGUGUUUGCCUUUGUGAAAACUUCAUGCUUUAUUCUCCCAAGUCCCUGGCUGCCUGCACUGCUUUUUUUUUUUUUUAAGCAUUGAAUAUAUAGUAUUUAGUAACAGGUACUAAUAGAAUCUUGAAGCAUUGCUUUUAAUCUCAAAGUUUGGAAAGCUUUCCUUACUUCCCCAGCCUUUGCAAUAUCAUGUUUAUAAAAUUUGAAUACCUGCAUGCAGUAUAUGUGCAUCAAUUUUUUGGCGGGGGGAGGGGAGCGGAUGUGGGGCCCAGAAGCAACUAUUAAAAUUGUGCUUAACUAUUAAAAUUAA